AUGAAACAGUUUACCAUACAUAUUCAUCCUCAGCUAAUCAACACUGCAAAUUAUGAUAGCAAAUGUCGGUUGGAAUUUUCAAACAUACAUUUCAAAGUUUUUCGGAUUUCCAUUAGUUUAAUAAUCCACUUCUGCGAACAACAUUAUUUCCUCUUCCAAAUUAACAAAGAAAUCAAAUGGCUCAAACCUCCUCUAAACUCACUUUUGCAGAAAAAUUCGAUACCGUCACAAGCCAAUCCGACUGCCGCUAAAGCCACAACCAUGCUCAAAUUAGACGCAUAUGAGCACCUCCACAUUGCUCUCAAUCGCGACGGCACCAUAACUCGGUUGCUAAACAUUCCUAUUGUAAAAGAAAAUCCUGAGGCGACCAGCGGCGACGCUGCUGUCAACAAAGAUUUGUCGCUAAGUGUCGAAAACAAAACUCGGGUGCGCAUUUGCAGACCCACUCGAUUACCUUCCAACGACAACACCGUGGCUCGUCUUCCUAUCAUUAUCUACUUCCACAACGGUGGCUUUAUACUCCAUACUGCUGCUACUAAAGAGCCUCACCAGUCUUGUUCUGAGUUUGCUAGCGAAAUCCCUGCAAUUGUUGUUUCGUUAGAUUAUCGUCUUGCUCCGGAGCAUCGGCUUCCAGCGCAAUACGAAGAUGCAAUGGACGCAAUUCUUUGGACUAAGCAACAAAUUCUAGACCAAAAUGGUGAACCGUGGCUGAAAGAUUAUGGCGAUUUCUCCAGGUGCUAUCUAUGUGGCCGCGGUAGUGGUGGGAAUAUAGCGUUUCAUGCAGCUUUAAAAGCUUUAGAUUUGGAUUUAAAACCAUUAACGAUUGUCGGGUUGGUGUUGAACCAACCCUUCUUUGGAGGGAAUCAGAGAAAGACAUCGGAACUUAAAUUUGCUGAGGAUCAGGAGUUGCCAUCACAUGUACUCGAUCUAAUUUGGGAUCUAUCUUUGCCAAUAGGUACAGAUAGGGACCAUCCUUAUUGUAACCCAACAGUAGCUGGUCCGCAUAAGAUUAAAAUGAGUAUGUUAGAGAAGUGUUUGAUGAUCAGUUCUUGUGGAGACAGCAUGCAUGAGAGAAGGCAGGAGCUGGCUAGCAUGAUGGUGAAGUCUGGAGUUAAUGUGCAGUCAUGGUUCCAUGAUGCUGGGUUCCAUAACAUUGAUUCUGUAGACGAGCAAUUGCCUCGAAACCUCUUGAACAUUAUAAAAGAAUUUGUCAUAUGAGUAUGUUUUUGCAGUACAGACGAAGGAAUUUGAUUCAAUGUUUGUAAUUCUUAACCGGCAAUAGAAUUCAAUUCUUUCAAUAUCAA